AUGCGCCACAGGGUGCUAUAUCAAAUAUCGCGCUUCCAUUCAUUGUUGGCAGCUAGUAGUGAACGUUCGAGUGUUUGGGAUAUAUUUGCAUCGAUUGCCCUUGUGAGGCCGCCUAUUAUUGCACCACCAAUGAAUGAUAUCGAAAAACGUUAUAGCGAUUUCAUGCUUCAAAGAGAAUUGGAAGAUUCACUACGAUGUGAUUUCGAAUUGCGACAGCUAAGGGAUGAACGGCUUCUUAAAGAAAGAGAAAGAUUAAAAAUGGCUGGUGAGGAAGCUAAUUUACAAGAAGAAAUAGGAAUCCUUGCUUCCGUUGACGAAGAAAACUGGCGGAGGCAAGCGGAUCGAAUUCGCAAAGAACUUGCAAUUGGAGACCUCACUAAGUUUUCAAAAGCUGAUAGUAGAAGUUUACAAAGGAAAAUUGAUGAAUUUCUUGUACUUAUUGUAUGUCAGAAAUUUGGACGGAAGGAUGGCUAUCAUUCUCCGUGGCAUCUACCUCAGUUACGAAAUCUCCCAGGCGAAUCACUAAAGCAGACUUCGGAGCGUUGUCUGAAGGAAUUAUUUACCACUGAAGUGCAUGGAAAAGGAAUAAGCAAUGCACCGUUCUCCGUUUAUUUUUAUUCCUAUCCUGCUCAACUACGACAGCGGUUAAAAACACAAUCACGAGGUGCUGCGGUCUUUUUCUUUAAAGCACUGUAUCCGAAUCGUGUUCCGCCGAUGGUCAAUAAAGAUGAAGUUGCGGAUUAUAAAUGGGUCAGUGCAGAAGAAUUUGCUGCAAUCAUGAUACAUAAGACGUCGUAUCUUCGAGCUGUGUCAACUCUUUUCCCUUCCUAUCUUUUGACGAAAAAUAGCCUUGAAUAUGCUAAAGAAACAGAAUCUCAGAAAAAUCGAUCGAAAAUAGAAGUACAGGUGCAGUCGUGUUAG